CACUUUAUGCUCAAAAUAUUCAAGCACAACGUCGUCGACAAAUUCUUAAUCAAUUACAGAAACGUUUAAAUGAUAUAUUACCAUGUUUAAUACGUAUAUCCAAUGAUCUUUUAACUGUUCCUGAACAACAUGAACGUUUAACUCAAACAUGUCUUUUAACUGUCAAUAGUUUUCUUACAUGGGUUGAAUAUAAUCAUUUUGAACAAUAUGAAUUAUUUCUUUGUGAAUUAUUUUUGAAAUUCUUUCAAUUAAAUUCUGUUAAAUUACGUCAUGCUUCAUUUGAAUGUUUACUUAGUCUUGUUAAUAAACGUUUAGCAAGAAAACUAUUACAACAACAACAGCAACAAAAAAAUAAACGUAUUGCAUCAUUACCAUCUGCAGCAUUAAAUUGUCAACAAGAAAAAUUAUUUCUUAAUUAUUUAGUUGGUGAUAAUACAUUAGAAAUAUUCUAUCGACUUCUAAUUAGUCCAACAGAUUCAAUUGAACAAUUACGUGCUAUAGUAACAAAUGAUCAUAUAAAUUGUUUAAAAAUGCUUGGACAACUUCUUGUAAAAUUAUCAAAUAAUUUAUUACAAUUAUUUCAACAAUUAGCAACAAAAUCUAUUGAUGAUAAUGAAUUUUUAACAUUUGUUAAUGAACGUACACGUUCAUUUUUACAAUUUCUUCUCUUAUUAAAUCAACAUCCAUUUCAUUUAUUAUCAUUAAAUUCUUAUCAAGCAUUAAAUUUAUUUAUAAUUCGACAGCCAACACUAUUAUCAAAUGAACAAUUUUGUUUAAAAUUAAUAUUUAAUUUAAAACAAUCAUUACAUCGUAUUUAUUUUCCAUCAUCAUCAGUAACAACAACAACACCCGAUGAUAAUGAGAAUGAAAUAUUAAAAAAACAAUUCAUACAUAAUCAACAAUGUUUUAUCUAUGCUCUGUUUGAAUACGAUAGUGAAGAGCAAUUUUAUUGGAAAUUUUUCUCACAAUAUCGAAGUGAAUUACAGAAAUUAAUUAAAUCAUUUAUUGGUCUAUUCUUUACUGAAACAAUUUCAGACAUUGAAAGAAAUAUGUCGUGUUUAAAAUCUAUGCUUGAAAAUCUUUUCAUCUAUCUUGAAUCACUUGUUCAACGUACACCAAAUAAAACUCAGAAUUCAUUAUCAUCGAUAUAUUUAAUCAUAGAAUGGGAAGCAUUUUAUUUAUUACUUGAUCAUGUUUUAUUUAUUAUUCGUAAAGAAUUAUUUUCAUCAUCAACAUUAACAAUAAAAUCAGCUGAAAAAUUUCAAUCAUUAUUAAUGACAUCAACUUUGACAGAACAAUUUUUACGUACAUUAAAAUUUCUCUUACAAUUUACACCAGAUUUAAGUGAACAUAUUCAUGGACAUGUUCUAAAUUUAUUAUCAUGUAUGUUUUUUAUUACACAACAUGAUCAAACAUUAGCGAUACAAAUUAUUCAACGUCUUCUAACAACAUUUCAAUUAUAUCAACAACAAUCAAUUAAUGGAAUAAAUUUAAAUGAAUGUGAAACAAUGCAAACACAAUCAUCAAAUGCAUUUCUUUAUUUAUGUAAGAAUUUUCCAAUAAAAAUGGUUGAUUAUUAUACAGAAUUAUAUCCAUUUCUUUGUCAAUUAUAUAAAAAUGAAUUUCAAUUAACAAAAACUUCUUUAUCAAUAACAAUUGAUGAAUUAUCAUGUCCAACAUUAAAAUUACUUGAUGCUAUACAAAUGUUAUUUCAUCAGAAAUUAUUAAAAGAUAAUAAUCAAUUUGAAGAUUUUUAUGAACUUAUUAAACCUAUUUAUGAAGUAUUAAAUAUAUCAUUAACAGCUGAAACAUUACCGGAAUUUAUUGAAUAUCUUGAUUUAUGUUCAAAUCGAAUCAAUCAAAUGAAUUUAAUACGUUAUCGACGAAGAAAUUUAAUGCUUGCAUUACAUUGUCUAUGUUUAAUAUUACGUUAUUCAAAACAACAAUCAGAUACGAAUUUACGUUCAAAAAUUUCUAUUUGUCUUCGACCAAUUUUAUCUGAUUAUAUUAUAAAAGUAACACAAUUUUGUAAUCAAUUAUAUGAUAGACAAAUAAAUCCUUUCUAUGAUAUAUUAAAAACAAAUUUAACAUAUAGUGAAACAGAAAGACAAUUGUAUUUAGGUACAUAUGAAAGUAAUAAUAUGGCAAAAGCAACAAUUACAUCAACUAUUACACCGUCCAGUCUUCCUGUGAGUAUUAUUCGUUUUCAAUCAACAUCAAAUACUGUAGUAGAUGAUCAACGUCUUCGUGAUUAUCUUCACCGUCUAUUUGAUAUAUGUUAUCAAAUAAAUGGCAUAUAUUUUGCGCAUGAUACUGAUUUAUAUUACAUAAAAAUAAAUGAUGAUAGUUAUUUUUUAACAACAUUUUUACAAAAAAUUUUAUUUGAAAAUUUAAAUACACUUCCAUCAUUUCGUCUUCGUAUUGUUUUACGACAUUUUUGUCGUGUAUUUGUUGAGAAUUAUUAUUCAUCGAUAGAUAUGGAUAAAGAAGUGAUAAAUGAAUUAUUUCUUACAUUUCUUGAUGUUUUUCUACCUUUUAUUCAACAACGUUUAACAACUAUGUGGAAUAAUUUAUUAGCAACAACAAAUAAUUAUCAACAAGGUGAAUGUUCCGAUGAAGUUAUUGAAGAAUGUGUUUGUGUUUUAAUUACACGUGAUUUUAUUGAUAUUAUUCGAUAUUUUAUAUUUAAAACAUUACCACCAGGACAAACAAUUUCGAAUGCAAAUAAUACAAAUAAGAAAAAGACGAAAAUUAAUAAUGGACGAAAUAAUAGUGAAAGUAUGUGUGAAGAAAUAAAUAAUGGUGAUUUAGAUCAAAUUGAUGAAUGGGAUGAACAAGUUGCGAAUAAUAGUAUUAGUAAUAAAUUAAUGAACAAUUCGCAAGAUAAAAUGGAUUAUAGCGAUCUAUUUAUGUAUAUGAUUAAAACAUCUCGACAAAAUUCUCCAUUGGCUUUACGUUUUUUCAGUUGUAUUAUUAAAAUAUUAUUUGAAUGUUUAACAUUUCCCGAUGCAUAUUGUAUCAAUCGUUUUCUACCAAUUAUUCUUCCGCUAACAAGACUCUAUACAGAUAUUAUUGAAAAACAAACGAAUCCAUCAUCAAUUAUUGAUGUAAAAUUUUUAUUUCAAUGUUUACUGAAAGCACUCGAAAGACAUAAUGAAAAUGAAGGUGUUAAUACAAAUCUUAUAUCAUUAAUUGGUCAUAUAUAUGAAUUAUGGCAUACUCAAUAUGUUGAACAACUUGAUUUAGUCUUUCAUCAAACAAUUCCACAAUUAAAUAUUGAAUUAUUAAAUACAUAUAAAACACGUUUAUUAACAAAUAGUAAUAAUAAAAAACAGCCACAAAUAGCUGAACGUGAACGACGUGAUACAAUCAAAAAUUUAUUAAAUCCAAUUUUAUUAUCACCAAUACCAUCGAAUAAAAAAGAAGGAUUUAAUACAAUAAAUCCAUUUAUAAUAUAA